CGAAGAAAGAGCUGUCAAAACAAAACAGAAACCGGCUUUGAAGUUACCGCGCGAAUUUUGACAACAAAACUUAAAACUUAUCUAAAAAGUUACGGGAAAUAUGUGUAUUAGAAAAAUGUUGGCUAUUUAUUACUUCAAUGAAUUGUGCUGAAAUGACCAAUCCUCAGUACAGCUUUGCCUUCAGCAAGAAGUUGAUCGAAACAUUGGCCAAACAUUUCGAGGAAGUCCAACGGGACGAACAGAGUGGCUGGAAGCGGAUCGCCCUUGAGCUGAACGAUUUCGACGGCGUGCCGCUGCAAUGCUGGCAAGUGCUGAGGGCGUACUUCAAGAGAAGUCUCGUGUUUAAACUUUCCAAAACGCGAUUCACCGACGAUCAGGAGCUGAUCGACCGCCUUCAGUAUCCGUACCUACGGAAGGUGUACUCCAUCACCGUCAGCUUCGUGGACAAGGCCCCGAAUGAAAAGGAAAACGCCGAAGACAACGUACUUUUCACCAAAUCUGUCCUCGAUGGAACGUACGAUCCGGCUGUGGUGGCCAUGUACAAGCGUUACGCAUGCAAAGGAAGGAGGGUUUCCGUCUACAUCAACGUGAACGACCCACGGUACAAGCUGCGCGCCGACCAGCGAGAGCUGCUGAUGCAAAUCGAGCAACGAAGGGCACGUAAGCACAAACCAGUCCGGCAGUUGGAAGCUGGCGUGUGGCACGAUGCGGCCAGCGGUUCACGAGUAGGUGGCACGGAGGGUGAUCCGGUGGUGAUCGAACAGGUCGCCAGUCCAGUGCAGAAAGCGAAUGGUUCUGUCCGAAGACUGCUGGACGACGAAUCGCUCGAUAUCAACACCCAGGAGUACGAGCAGAUGAUGAAAGAUUCCCUCGAACCGCAGCUUCUGUCGCUACCCAAAAGGCGUCGCUUCACUAUAGACAGUACCGUUGAUUCCGAAGAGGAGCAGGACGAAUUAGAAGCAACAAGUGUCAUCGAUUUGACCUCGUCCGACAGUGAAUGCCAGAACAGCAUCGUGUUCGUAGAUCCAAACGAUCAAUUCGCAAACUCUCUAUUCAAUGCCACCCAUGAUCCGUUGCAAAUGUCCAACGCCCAGCUUGAGGCCAACUCCCAAGAGUCCCAAGUAGGUGGGGGAAAGGACACAGUUACGUCCGAACCUCUGUUUACGCCGUCCAGCGGCGAGAGCGCCAAGAACAACUCCGAACAUCCUGUUGAACCGGAGCAAACUGUUUCGCAGGAGCCCGCUAGAAAGGCAGAGGUUCAAAAUGUGUCAUCCGACGCCGUACCCGUGGUUCAAUCUUCCUCCAGUGCGAAGACAUUAAUGGCCGACAUCGCUGCAAUAACAAACCAACACGAAGUGCCUCUACAACUCCCCAACAAGGCUCCGAUUGACGAAGAGAGGUCGACAGCGCCAGCGUCAUUGGAGGACCUCGUGGCCAAGAGUCAACCUCCGACGUUGAUUCUGAAGGAAGAACCAUCGCCGGCAGGGGAAAGUCGACCACCGGUGACGGUGAAAGAGGAAUCGCUGGACGAUCCUCCCGCCCGGUCGGCGAAAAAGGUUGGAAACAACCCAGCGGUACCGAGUGGAUCCGGGAGUGGGGAAUUAGCUGUGCCGUCGACCAACGCUGGAUGUGUGGCCCGGACUGCCGACAAGGUCGCUUCUUCGAAUGCAAAGAGCACAACCGGAACGAUUCCGACCGAACAGCGUACCAUUACUGCUGAGCAGGUUUCUACCAAGACCGUGGAGGAAAAACGGCCAACCGUGGUGGAGGUGGCAUCACCGCCGAUCAAGAAUGCGGAAGAUCUUUUCAACAGACUAUCCGGCACAGUAACUGACGGACCUGGAGGCGACUCAGCAGCGGUUCAAAGUGAGGAACCUCCGGUGCCGUCAUCUAACGCUGAAAACGAACUCCACGCUCCUUCCGUUGAGAUCGUACAAACGCAACCUGAAAUAGCUGGGACCGCGAAGAAAGUCCAACCAGCAGUUGUGAAGGUGGAACCGCCGGACAGUGCCAAACCGAAGAUGACCAUUUCGGCUAGCUUGCUGGCGGUAUUCGAUAAACUUGACGCAAUGUUCGACGGCUAUCAUGCUACGAUCACUGUUAGUGGAACACGAUCGGCGUCGUCAUUCGACGCCGUACACGUGAUCCAGUCUUCCAGUGCAAACGCUGACGUUGCGAGGCCGGUCAGUGAACACACUACAACUCAACAACUCCACAGCAAGACUCCGGAAAAGACGAGCAGCGUCGAGCAGGGAUCGCAAGUUGGAUCAUCGAAGAUCGUUCGUGAAGAGGACCUCGUGGCCAAGAGUCAACCUCCGAGCUUGAUACCGCAACAAGAACCGUCGACAGCAGAUCCUGACGCUCGACCCGCACAGGUUGGCUCCGUGAGUGCGUCAACCGACGCUGAACACAUUGUUCCGCCUGUCGUUGAGAGCGCGAUCGCCAAGCAAAUCCAACCAGUAGCUGUGAGUCCGGUCAAUGAACAAACUGAAGGCAACCCAGCGGUUCAGAGUAGCUCCGAUCCUGAAAAUGCGCCUCUACACCUCCACAACAAGUCUCCGGAAAAUACGAGCAGUGUCGAGCAGGGAUCGCAAGUUGGAUCUUCGAAGAUCGUUCGUGAAGAGGACCUCGCAGAGGGAAGUCGACCAACUGCAGAUCCUAACGCUCAAUCCGCAGAGAUUCUUGCGGUUCUAAAUGGCUCCGUGAGUGAGUCAACGGACACUGAACACGAAGUUCCACCUGCCGUUGAGAUCGUCCAACCCCAACAGAAUGAAACCGGGAAGAUCACUGGAAGCACUUCUGAAAAUGCUGCGACCGCGAAGCAAAUCCAACCAGGAGUUGUGAGGCCGGUCAAUGAACACGCUGAAGGGCCUGGAGGCGACCCAGCGGUUCAGAGUAGCUCCGAUCGUGAAAAUGUGCUUCAACAACUCCACAAGAAGUCUUCGAAGGUCAUCCGCGAGGAGGAACGCGUGGCCAAGAGUCAACCUCCGAUCUUGAUUCCGCAAGCAGAACCAUCGACAGCAGAGGGAAGUCGGCCAACUGCCGACGUAGCUUCACUUCCCACCAAAAGUCCGCCCAAUCGAUCCUCAACAGAAGUUGUGCACGAAGUUCCGCCUGCCGGAAUGGCGCCGACCGCGGAACAAAUCCAACCAGCUGUUGUGAAGGCGGAACCGUCGGAGGCUGGUUUUUCGAGCUUGUUGGCGUCGAUCGAUAAAUAUUUAGCGCUGUACGACGACAGUGACAGCGAUUCCCCCGCUCCUUCAGUUGCAAACUCCGGCACGAAAAGCGGUCCAUGCAGCCCGGACGCCGGUGAGAUCGCUACCUUUAGUGCAAAGGAUCCACAGAUCAACUCCGGACCGAUCUCAACCGAGCAGUGCGCAACGGGACAAUCCGAUGUUGUGAAGCCGGUCAAUGUACCGAGUAGCUCCGGUCAUGUAGAUGCACCUCAACAACUCCACAACAAGGCUCCGGAAAAGACAAGCAGUAUUGAGAUCAUCCGUGAGGAGGACCUCGUGGCCAAGCGUCAUCCUCCGAGCUUGAUACCGCAAGAAGAACCGUCGACAGCAGAGGGAAGUCGACCAACCGCCGACGCAACUUUGCCUCCCACCGAAGAUCCUCCCGCUCGACCCGCAAAGGUUCAACCAGCAGUUGUGAAGGCGGAACCGUCCGAGAAAGUCAAGACGACUAGUUUUUCGAGCUUGUCGGCGUCGAUCGAUAAAUAUUUAGCGCUAUACGGUGCCUUUGACAGCGAUUCCCCCGCUCCUUCAGUUGCAAACUCCGGUACGAAAGGCGGUCCGUGCUGCUCCGACACUGUACUCGUGGUUUCUUCUACUGGAAGCACUUCUGAAAAGGCUGCGACCGUCGAUCAAAUCCAACCAUCAGUUGUGGGACCAAUCAAUGAACACACUCAAGAGCCUGGAGGCAACCCAACGGUUCAGAGUAACUCUGAUCGUGAAAAUGUACCUCAACAACUCCACAACAACGCUCCGGAAGAGACAAGCAGUAUCAUCCGCGAGGAGAACCUCAUGACCAACAGUCAACCUCCGAACUUGAUUCCGCAAGAAGAACCGUCGACAGCAGAGCAAAGUCGACCAACCGCCGACGCAACUUUGCCUCCCACCGAAGAUCCUCCCGCUCGACCCGCAGAGGUUGUUGGACCGGUAGUAUCGCCUGCUAUCGAGAUCGCGACCGCGAAACAAAUCCAAACAUCAGUUGACGCCGGUGAGACCGCUAGUGCAAAGGAUCCACCGAUCAACUCCGAGUCGAUCUCAACUGAGCAGCGCGCAACGGGUCAACCCGAUGUUGUGAAGCCGGUCAUCGGGCCCGGAGGCAACCCGGCCGUUCAGAGUAGCUCCGGAUGUGAAAACGUGAUCCAGACUUCCGUUCCGCAGGGUAACACUGCAUCAUCGACGUCCAAAGCUACAUCAGUCAGCGAAGAGAGCCUUCCAAACAGUUCAGCACAAUACCGGUCACAAGCAUCAACCUCCGGUGAACUCGUUCCGGGUGCGUUUUAUUGGGAAGAGGACGACAGCGUGCAAGACGACUCACGAGACAGUUCGAAAUCGAAACCAGUUCGCCCAACGGUCCCGUGGAUCGUGUUCCGUCGCUGGCUCGCUCCCCACCAAACCCUCGAGCCGGUCAUCCGUCGUCACCUGACCCUGGUCGCCACCCUCCGUCAUCGCUGGCCCCAACUAUUCCACCGCACGACAGCCGACGUCUUCAGCGGCGUGAACUCACUCAACGACGCCAUCACCGCCACACUAUUCCCCGUCCUAAAACCAACCAACGUCGUUCGUGUUCUCCAAAUGCGCGCCAUGGCAGACCCGUUGGUCAUUCGAAUCGCAUACGGGCUGACGUUGCAAGAGCUGGAACGAGCCCAGCAGGCCGUAAACCGGUCGCAUCGUCCGGUGCUGGUGGAACGCAAAUGGAACAUUGUGCUCGAGUCGUCGGCAUCGGUUGAAGGCGGCGGCGGGUCGCCAGCGCCGAAGCGGAUCAAGAUCAGCGAAGCCGGCUCCAACAGCUAUACGGUGCAGAGCAACUCGCCCGUUGCGAUUUGUCUGUCCGACUGGGAGGACUCACCGUCGGUGGUAUUGCCCGUGCGGAAGAGACGCCAGCAGCGGGUGCGCACCGAACUGUACAAAUGAAGUGUGAUUGUGUUUUUCAGAGACUGGUCGUAAUCUGCCUUUAAUUUACCUUUUUAUGUUACCUGAAAAAUCUUGUUAUCCGAUGCGUCGAGAGAUUAACUGUUGUGUCGUUACUAAAUAAAAUUACAAUGAAUUUCA